AUGGAGAUAAUCGGCCGGGCUUUGGUGGCUGUGGUGGUGAUGGCGGUGGUUGCAGCCGUCUUCCCGUCGGUCUCAGCCGCUAACGUCAACUCGCUUGUGCCGGCACCGGCGCCAGCCUUCUCCAGUGAUGGGACAACAAUUGACCAAGGAAUAGCAUAUGCCCUAAUGCUCUUGGCUUUGGUGCUCACAUAUAUAAUUCACUAG